UUUGAUUUCAAAUUAACUGAAGUUGGUUUUAUGAGUUCUUGAUAUUUUUAUUCAAAGUCUAUGCUAUUAAAAAAGAUUCAAUUUUUAUCUGAAUUUUAGACAAGUUAUACAUAGCUGAAGGUCCCAUUAGUGGGAUCUUUAGAAACAGAACCGAAAGUAAGAGAAAGAAAAGAGGAUUGAAAGAGAAAGAAAAUAUAAGUAGCUUUUUUUAGCUGAGGUGAAAAAAAGAAGAAAGUUAAAUUCUUGGACUGGUUGUUGGGCUUUUGUGGAGAAUUGGUUUUGAUCUGUACUCAAAAACUGUUUUGAAGUUUCUGCUAUUGCCAGUUGAUAUAAGGGGAUUGAGUUGUUUCCUGUAAUUGAUAUUUGUAUUAAGAUUUUUGAGAAUAUUAAGUAUUGUUUACCAAAAAAGAUGGGUGUUGAGUUGUUAGAGAUUGGAGUUCAGAUGAGGAGAGUAGUGAUGUUUUCAAUUAAAGGAUGUUAUAAAACAGUGUUGAAUCAUCCUUUCCUUGUGAGUAUGCUGUGUUUCAUAGCAUUUUUGUACAGAUCUUUCCCAUUUCUGUUUUCCAUAUUAGUAGCUACAUCCCCAGUUCUUGUUUGUACUGCUGUUUUGCUUGGAACUUUACUAAGUUUUGGUCAGCCAAAUAUACCUGAAAUUGAAAGGAAAGAAAAAACAACUCAUGAUAUAGUAGAGCCUUUGAAAACUGGACUAUUAUGUGAUACUACUCAUAUUGAGAGUGAAGAUAGCUACUAUGUGGAGAGAUAUACUGAUAACGAGAGGGACGCCGUAGAGCAAUCCAUUGAUAAGGUCAGCGAUCUUUCCCCUUUACUCGAGGAAAGGUCUCGAGAAUUUCAAUUUGGGAAUGGGGUUUUUAAUGAAGCAGCAAGGGAGUUUUAUGAGCAGAACAGUGAAAAGAAAGAAGAGAAACAUAACGAUGGAGAGGAUCUAUACUCUCCAAUCCCAAUGGCUGAUGGGGGUUUUGAGGAAGCAGAGAGGGAAUUUUAUGAGCAGAACGAUGAAAAGAAUGAAGAGAAACAUGAUGAUGAGGAACUUAUGGAGAGUCAAUACUCUCCCAUUCCGACAGUUGAUGAGGGUUUUGAGGAAUCAGAGAGGGAAUUUUAUGAGCAAAACGAUGAAGAGAAACAUGAUGAUGGGGAACUUAUGGAGAGUCAAUACUCUCCCAUUCCGACAGUUGAUGAGGGUUUUGAGGAAUCAGAGAGGGAAUUUUAUGAGCAAAACGAUGAAGAGAAACAUGAUGAUGGGGAACUUAUCGAGAGUCAAUACUCUCCCAUUCCAACGGUUGAUAAUGAGAGCAUUGAAUUUGAUUUUGAUAGAUCAGACUCCUUUGAUUCUAAAAGGGUGAAUCUUAAUUCUCUUCCUGGUUCCCCUUGGAAAAAGGAGGAGUCCGACAAAGAGGAAGAACAGGAGGAGGAGGAUGACGAGGAUGACGAGUCUUUUGAUUCGGAGUCUGAUCGAGCGGAGAGCUCUUCUCCAGAUGCGUCAAUGGCUGACAUUAUCCCAAUGUUUGAUGAGCUCCAUCCGCUUUUAGAUGAAGACACUCCUCAACAUGUUAGUUUGUCGCAUGAUGAUGGUUUUGAUGCUGCUUCUGACAGUUCGGGUAAGUUCAGUGCAAGCGAUAAUGAAUCUGAUGAUGGUUGUGAAAACCAAGAAGAGGUAGAAGUUGCACAUGACGAGAAUGAAGAAGGAACACGAGACAAGGAAGAUAAAAGUAAGUCAGCCAUUACAUGGACAGAGGAGGAUCAGAAGAAUCUAAUUGACUUGGGAAGCUCGGAGGUGGAAAGGAAUCAACGGUUGGAGAGUCUUAUGGCGAGGAGAAGAGCACUGAAGAAAAUGAGGCUGAUGAUGACCGAAAAGAAUUUGAUUGACUUGGAUACCGCUGAUCUUCCGUUCAAUAUCCCCCCCAUUUCAACAGCAAGAAACAAUCCUUUUGAUGUUCCUAAGGAUAACUACGAACUUGGUCUGCCUCCAAUUCCCGGGUCUGCUCCAUCCAUUUUAGUACCAAGGCGGAACCCAUUUGAUCUUCCCUACGACUCAAGUGAAGAGAAACCUGAUCUUAUGGAAGACAGUUUCGAAGAAGAGUUUAUGGCAUUUCGACCAAAGGAGCCAGUCUUACGGAGGAACGAAACUUUUAGUGCAAGACCCUCACUAUUUGGGGUGAACAGGCAAGAUAGCCAUUUCAGACCUUAUUUUGUCCCCGAAAGGAUGGCUUCGGAAGGAACAAGCUACUCACCAUUUCAACGACAAUCUAGCGAACUUAGUGAUUCCAAGGUAAGUUCUGUUCCUGAAACAGACUCACUAGGUUCAGUUGAAGACCUCAUUGAAGAGGUCGAUGUAAGACACAAAAGCCUCGAUGAAGAAGAACUGGAACACAAAGACCUCAUAGAUGAACAUAUCUCCGAGGAACCAGAGCUGAUAUCUAAAAUGGAGCAUACUUCUGAGCAUGUCAGGAAUGGAAGUGAAUCCUCUGAAGAAGUCGAGUCAUUGGAGCAGCUGGGAGCUGUGGAAAUUCAUCAUGAAGUAGAAGAAACUUUGCUCCAGGAAGGAAGAGUUUCCAAUGCUUUGGAACUUAAUCCAACCGAAAUUCAAUCGAAGUCAGAAACUUCUGAUCAGAUAUACAGCAAUCAAUCUAGCUCCUCAUCGUUAGAAGUAAGUGAAAGGGUCAUUGCAUAUAAAGAAGAAGAAGAAGAAGAAGAAGAAGAAGAGACGGUGUCAAGCUUAGAGGAGACAAUGGGUGAUGUUGAACAAAAUGGGAUCUCCAGGCAAGCUUCAUUUAAUGGAUCAGAUUUCCACAUCACGAGCACUUCAGCAGAGCAGACUUCACACCGGGAACCUAUUUAUGAUACCAGUCCUUCUGCUAGUAUGGAAAACAUUUUUUCAGCCUCCUUAAGUUCAGAUCAGCUUGAGGAAUCUGAAACAGGGUUUUCCGCUAUAUUGGUUAAAAGAAGCGUUUCUUUCUUAGAGAGGGAAUCUGAGGAAAGUAGUCAGGACAUUCAAAGGUCCAUUUCUACUAAUGAAGAGAUUUCGGCACCAGUAGCUGACCAAGAAUUUUUGUCGAGGGACGAGGUAUGCAAACGUGAGCUUGAUGUUGCAAAGGUGGAGAUCUCUCAACAUGAAUUCUUUGGCAGUGCAAGUGCUCCUCCAGUGACUGAGUUUGUUGUUGGUCAGGCAUCUACUGACUCAAAAUUAUCGGCAAAUGAAGAUAUUGGGAAUGAGGAAGGAACUAUUGAGCAUGCACAGCAUCAAAUUUCUUCUUCAGGAUUUAAUGCGGAUACACAUAUUGUGUCUCAGUUUGCUGUAGACCAGACAGUGGAAUUCCUUUCAAAGUCCUCAGAACAUGAAAACAUCCAUCAGUUGGAUGAUGAACAGCAUUCUCUAAUCGCAGAAGAGGUUCCACUCGUUCAACCAGAUAUGCCUUCUUUGGAGAGGGAUUCUGUGGACGAUGCAGCUCAGAAGGAAGAAGCUAUAAUCUCAGAACUACAUGAUCUUCCCUCAUCAAACUUUGUUGUAAAUUUGGUUACUGAUGCUCACAGUGAAUUUGAUGAAAAGCUGAUCUCUUCUGAACAUCAAUUUGCUUCUGUAGAAAAGGCCUUCUCUCUGUGUGAAGAAGACGUCGCAUGCUCAGACAAAUCCAUGGAUGAACAAUCCUCAGAGGAUCACAACGUAAUGGAGCCACCAGUUAUCCUGGUUGAGUCAAUUGAGGAAGCAAGCACCACGGAGAACUUGAAUAUGCCAGAAAUCCAUGACCUUGAUGACGGAAUCCCCAUUAUCAACUCCCCACGUACUCCUGACUCUUUCUCCAAUCUGCAUGUGGUUGAUGAAGCCCCAGGAGGUGCUGGUCUAUCAGGUUUAAGGAACAACAUCCUCGAUGAGGUGGAAAAUGAUAACCAGAUCAAGGUCUUGGAAAACUAUGUAUUGCCACUAGAAGCAGCUGAUUUUCAUCAUGAUGAGCAAUAUAUAGUUGAAGAGACCGAUGGUAUCAGCGACAUUGAUGAGGUAUUUCUCUCUGAAUUAGAUACAGUUGGUGACUUUAGCAUCAAGGGGUCAAGCCAGAAUGAGUUUGAGAGACAAAUCAACUCUAGUGCAGAGGAUUUGUCUUCAUUCCAUGCUGUUGAUUCUGGAACUACAGAAGUUUCCGAAGAGGCAUGUGCUGAAGUUCAUGAAAGAAAGGUUCCGUUGCACCCUGAGAACUUCAAUGCAUCCACAUUUGAAGAGAUUGAUGAGCGUGAAGAAAAGGAGUGUGCUUCAGAUAUUCAAAACUAUGGAUUGAGAAGUAUCGAUCAUAUUGAUGUUGUUGAUCCUAGAUCAAUUGAAGGAGGAUUCUCAGAGGAUAGUGACACUGGACCUUCAUAUCCCAGUGUAAAGCACAAUUUGGAUGCUCAUGAGAUAGUUCCAGAAAUGCCUAUAGUUGAAGCUCACAACUCUGUCUUUGAGGUAGAAAACUUACAAUCUACUCAAACUGGAGUGACUGAAGAGGAAACUGAUUCUGGUAUGCCAGUACUGGAAGCACAAACAAUUCAAGAUAUUGAGUCAGCAUUUUGGCAAGUUUAUGAGAAAGAAAUAGAGAAAUCUAAUAUUCUUGAGCAAUCUAACGCUGAAGAUUCUGGAAUGCCAGUGCUGGAAGCACAAACAAUUGAAGAUAUUGAGUUAGCAUUUAGAAGUACUUCUGAGAAAGAAAUAGAGCACUCGGAUGUGCUUGAGCUACCUAAUUCUGAGCUAGUAACUGAACAAUCUGGGAGUUCAAACAAUGACGCAGUGGUUGAAAUGUCAAGUUCAGUACAAGAAGAUUCUGGAAUGCCAGUUCUGGAAGCACAAACAGUUGAAAAUAUUGAGUUAGCAUUUGGAAGUACCUCUGAGAAAGAAAUAGAGCACCCGAAUGUGCUUGAGCUACCUAAUGCUGAGCUAGUAACUGAACAAUCUGGGAGUUUAAACAAUGUGACAGCGGUUGAAGUGUCAAGUUCAGUACAGGAAGAUUCUGGAAUGCCAGUUCUGGAAGCACAAACAGUUGAAGAUAUUGAGUUAGCAUUUAGAAAUAUUUGGGAGAAAAAAAUAGAGCACUCGGAUGUGCUUGAGCUACCUAAUGCUGAGCUAGUAACUGAACUAUUUGGGAGUUCAAACAAUGCGGCAGCAGUUGAAGUGUCAAGUUCAGUACAGGAAGAUUCUGGAAUGCCAGUUCUGGAAGCACAAACAGUUGAAGAUAUUGAGUUUGCAUUUAGAAAUAUUUGGGAGAAAGAAAUAGAGCACUCGGAUGCGCUUGAGCUACCUAAAGCUAAACUAGUAACUGAAGAAUCUGGGAGUUCUGACAAUGCAGCAGUGUUUAAAGUGUCAAGUUCAGUACAGAAAGAUUUUGGAAUGCCAGUGGUGGAAGCACAAACAAUUGAAGAUAUUGAGUCAGCAUUUAGAAGUACUUCUGAGAGAGAAACAGAGAACUCAAAUGUGCUUGAGCUAGCUAAUGCUGAGCUAGUAACUGAAGAAUCUGGAAACAAUGCGGCAGUGGUUGAAAUGUCAAGUUCAGUACAGGAAGAUUCAGGAAUGCCAGUGCUGGAAGCACAAACAGUUGAAGAUAUUGAGUUAGCAUUUAGAAAUAUUUGGGAGAAAGAAAUAGAGAAAUCGAAUGUGUUUGAGCUUCCUAAUGCUAAACUAGUAACUGAAGAAUCUGGGAGUUCUGACAGUGCGGCAGCAGUUGAAGCUGGAAUGCAAGUGCUGGAAGCACAAACAAUUAAAGAUAUUGAGUUAGCCUUUAGAAGCACUUGUGAGAAAGAAAUAGAUCACUCAGAUGUGCUAGAGCUACCUAAUGCUGAGCUAGCAACUGAAGAAUCUGGAAACAAUCUGGCAGCGGUUGAAGUGUCGAGUUCAGUACCGAAAGAUACUGGAAUGCCAGUACUGGAAGCACAAACAAUUGAAGAUAUUGAGCUAGCAUUUAGGCAAAUUUCUGAGAAUGAAACAGAGACAGAGAACUCGAAUGUGCUUGAGCUGCCUAAUGCUGAGCUACUAACUGAAGAAUCUGGAAACAAUGCAGCAGCGGUUGAAGUGUCAAGUUCAGCUCUGGAAGAUUCUGGAAUGCCAGUGCUCGAAGCAGAAACAGUUGAAGAUAUCGACACAGUAUUUAGGCGAAUAUCUGAGAAAGAAAUUGAAAAAUCAAAUGUUCUUGAGCAACCUAAUGCUGAGCUAGCAACUGACAUAUCUGGGAAUUCUGACAACGCAGCAGUGCUCGAAGUGUCAAGUGUGACACGCGCAAUGCAAUUACCAAUUCUUGAAACAAGACAAACUGAAUAUUUUGAUUUGGAUCAUGAAAAUCUUUCAGAGAGUGAUAGUGAUGAGCAUACGGAGAAAUCCAGAGACAUAGGAGCUCCUUCAGAUUCACAAAACAUCGACACAGACUUGGCUUUGAAACAAGUAUUGGAAGGAAAUCUGGAGAAACCCCUGAACUCCACUUCCGAAGGUGAGUUAGUAGAAGCUAAGCCAAGUGAAGCAGGCUUAUCCAAUGAUACGGAAUCAAGUGCUAGAGGAUCUGAUGUAUCCGAAUUUGGUGAAGGUGAAACUGGAAAAGGAGAUCAUGAAGUUGUAGUAAAAGAAGCUAAGGAAUUAACGGCUGAAAAACCAGGUCAUGUUGUUGAUAUGCCUACUACAGCUGAUGUUAAAGGCAAGAAAGACAAACACCAAAAGUCAGGCUCAAGUUCAAGUUCAAGCUCAAGCUCAAGCUCUGAUUCAAGUUCAAGCGACUCUGAAAGAGAAUGAAGAUGAUAGAAAGAAUUGGUGGAAGAAGGUAGGGGAACCUUUGGAUUUUGUUUUUGGAGCUUUCGUUUACUUUAUUGUGUCAAUGAAAUUGAUCGCGAGGAGUUCAAGUUGGUUUACUUUGUGUUUAUUGUUUUAGUAUUUUGGCUUAUUGCAUGGUUUGGAGUGCCUUGUGAAAAUGAUGGACUCCUUCAAGAAUGAGUUUUGGUUUGAUUUCUUGAAGCAUUCUUUUCUUCUUUUCUUUUUUCAUCUUUUCAGCAGUUUUGGAGAUUGUUGGGAGAAAAGGUUUUGAUAACUUGUAUAUGGAUUCUGUAAUGAAACAGUUUCUGUUUGUCUGUUUUGGUGAAAGUAAUGGCAAGAUUCAUUUCCUUUGUUUGUUGCUU